AUGUCUUCCCGCGAGCAAUACCAAGUCCCCAACUCCCAGGGCUUCACCACCGGCGCCUCCAACAACGACGGCAACAGCGGCGGCAGCAGCGUCAUGUGGUACACUUGCGGUGACUGCGCGGUCCGUGUGCCGCUUGAGAAAGGCGCCCCCAUCCGUUGCCAGAAGUGCGGUGCGCGUGUUCUGUACAAGGAGCGCACUAAGAGAAUGGUUCAGUUCGAGGCUCGCUAA